AAUCGAUCGGGUCAGCACAAAUACCUGCCAUCCGUCAUUCCUCAGACUGCGAGGGUUGAAAACCCAAAGCGGAGCUCAGUCUCAAGCCUCAGACACCCACACAGAAAGCCAGAGAAAUGGGGUUAGGGUUGAUAGCUUCGAGAGCCCUGAGACCCGCCAUUCUCCACAGGUCCUCUAGGGUUUUGGCUUCCCAAAAUCCUAUAACCAGAACCAUCACCUCCACGCCCGAGCUCCAAAACCCAGAAGCGGCAACAGCGCAGCCCGAUUCCCCACCAGAUCUCCCACCUCGGACCCCUGUCGCCGGUGCUAGGAUUCAUUUCUCCAAACCCGAUGACGCCAUCGAGGUCUUCGUCGAUGGCUAUCCCGUCAAAAUCCCCAAAGGCAUGACGGUGCUGCAGGCCUGCGAGGUCGCCGGCGUCGACAUUCCUCGAUUCUGCUACCACAGCCGCCUCUCCAUCGCCGGGAACUGCCGUAUGUGUUUGGUCGAGGUAGAGAAGUCGCCUAAGCCCGUCGCUUCAUGCGCCAUGCCCGCUCUUCCUGGGAUGAAGAUUAAGACCAAUACACCAGUUGCAAAAAAGGCCAGAGAAGGAGUAAUGGAGUUUCUGCUGAUGAAUCAUCCUUUGGAUUGUCCAAUUUGUGACCAGGGUGGAGAGUGUGAUCUCCAGGAUCAGUCUAUGGCUUUUGGUUCUGAUCGCGGCCGUUUCACUGACAUGAAGCGAUCUGUGGUUGAUAAGAAUCUUGGCCCUUUGGUUAAGACUGUGAUGACUCGUUGCAUUCAGUGUACAAGGUAUGAAUGUGUGAUCACUUCUCCCUUCUUUUAUUACUAUUAAUAUGAAUAUUUCAAG